AUUUCAGAAUGCGAUCGAAUGUUUAUCAGUAAUCCAGAUGGAAGAAAAAACGGCUCUUUCUCGUCCUCGGAGAUGCUAAAUCCACAUAACCAUUCCAGACAAUGCAUCUACACUUUCAUAGCAGCUGAUAACGAGAGAGUUAAAGUCACUUUCACUGUGUUCAGGCUGAAGGGGGCGCCACCAGAGUGUGCCCAUGAAUUCGUUGAUUUGUAUACAGAAAUAGAAGAUUCUGCUACAGAGCUUAUAAAAACUCCCUUUGGAGGUCGCUACUGUGGGAAAAUCUUGCCACAAACGAGGAUAUCGUUAUACCAAACCCUAGUUAUCAGUUUCUAUACCAACAGGAACGAAAUUACGUCAGAUGUCUUCAGUGGAACCUACGAAUUUGUAGAUGCCACUCGGUACGAACUUGGUACACCAUUGCCCACCUCAGUGUGUAGUUUUACCAUCUUCAGUGACCACAAAAGGAAGGGAAAAAUUCUGUCCCCCACAUAUCCCGGAGUUUACCCAAAAAACCUGAAAUGUCAGUACAGAUUUUUAGGGGCGGGAGGUCAGCGUGUUCGUCUGGAGUUUAUGGAUUUUGAUUUAUUUUAUGGAGGACGCCACUGCCCUUUCGACAUUGUUCAAAUUUACGAUGGUGCAACAACUCAAGACCCUUUGAUCGAUACGUAUUGUGGACAACAGCGCAACCUGGUAGUGUAUUCUUCCGCAGAAAACUUACUUGUUCUGUUUAUAACUUUAAAACGUACGGCCAAUACACAGAACCGUGGAUUUUCUGGGUGGUUUGAGUUUAGUGAAAGUUUUACCAAAUUAGGCUUUAUUGAGGACUCUGGUGGACAACACAUACGCGGAACUGAGUGUGACCAGAAAGUUUUCAGCAAAGGCCAUUCCAACGGGACAGUUUAUUCGCCAAACUGGUCAUCUUUCUACCAUCCAAACAUUGUUUGUAAAUACUACAUUUACGGUUUGAACGACAGACAAAACCUAGAGCGUGUGACUCUUACAUUCGAACAAUUUGAUAUCCCAAGUGAGAACAAUGAUUGCGAGGAAGCCUAUCUCAAGAUUUAUCUUAACGGACAAGAAACUAAGCAGGCUUUCGACGAGUAUGACCAUGUGUUUUGUGGACAGGAACUUCCGAUCCCUUUGGUGUCAAACGGACCACGGUUAUUUAUUGUAUUCAGCAGUGGACCUUCCCAGGGUCUAGGAUUUAAGGCUAAAUACACAUUUGAAACGGAAUACAAAAUUCCUGGAACACCAGCGCCUGACGAUACAUGUCACUUCACCUACAGGAGCGAGAGCAGAAAAUCGGGAGAAUUCAAUUCUCCAAGAUACCCGGCAAAUUAUCCUUCCAACACUCACUGUCAGUACUACUUCCGUGGACUUCAAGGAGAUCAAGUUCAGUUUGUUUUCAACUACUUCAAGACAAAAACUCUGCCACAGAACGUUCCAGGAUAUAAUGAAGUGUGUAAAGAAGACUGGCUAGAAAUUUACGAGAUCUAUCCGAACGGCCGAGAAAAAGCUUUAGGACGAUACUGUUCCACGACAUCACCUGGACCUGUAGUAUCUGACGUGGGGAUCCACGAUAUGAAAGUUGUUCUAAAAACAAACGAAGAAGGCGUUGCCAGCGGCUUCAGCGCCACCUAUCAAUUCAUAGAGUCACACCAGCAAUUUCAAG